AUGACACCACCGCCGUCUCUAAAUCUAAAAUCUAGAAAGAGGUUGAAGUCAUCUGCGGCAUCAGAGGGACAACAAGAAACAGAUUGGGUUAAGAAAAUGCAGAUGUGUCCGGAAUAUAACCCCUCCCACCUUGAAUUUCAGGAUCCCUUUGCUUAUCUGCACAAAAUUGCCCCUGAGGCCUCAAAAUACGGCAUUUGUAAGGUUGUCUCCCCUCUGGAUGCUUGUGUUCCAGCUGGAACAGUGCUCAACAAAGAGAACAAAAUUUUUAAAUUUAAGACGCAAUUACAACCUCUGAGACUGGCUAAAUGGGAUAGUGAUGACAGGAUCAUCUUCUACACUGGAGGAAGAAAGUAUACGCUUGAUGGAUUUGAGAAGAUGGCUGGGAGGAAGACAGCUCGUAAAUACGGCAUCUCUGGAUGUCUUCCUGCAUCGCACCUGGAAAAACAAUUCUGGGAAGAAAUGAGUCGAGGAGGAAAGAAAGAAAUGGUGGAGUAUGGAAUUAAUAUCGAUGGCACUGCCUUCUCAAGUAGUGUCAAUGAUCCUCUUGGAGCCAGCAACUGGAACUUGAAUAAGCUUAAACAACUGCCUAGAUCAAUGUUCCGUUUGCUGGAAAAUAAUAUUCCGGGAUUGACAGAUCCUAUGCUUUACAUAGGAAUGCUCUUCAGUAUGUUUGCAUGGCAUGUGGAGGAUCAUUAUCUGUACAGUGUGAAUUAUCAUCACUGUGGGGCGCCGAAAACCUGGUAUGGAGUUCCUAGUGAUGCAGCCCUUGCAUUUGAGAGAGUUGCUGAGCAGUAUGUGUAUAAACCAGAUAUUCUAUCAAGAGACGGAGAAGAUGGAGCUUUUGAAAUUCUGGCAGAGAAAACAACCAUGUUUUCACCUGGGAUUUUGCUGCAACACCACGUCCCGGUUUUCAAGGCUGUGCAAAUGCCAGGAGAGUUUGUAAUCACUUUCCCCAGGGCAUAUCAUGCUGGAUUCAGUCAUGGCUUUAACUGCGGCGAGGCUGUGAACAUUGCAAGCUGGGAUUGGAUUCCAUUUGGUGCAGCGGCUUGCCAUCGUUAUGCUCUACUCAAAAGGACGCCCAUUAUUCCUUAUGAGCAACUCCUAUGCAAACAAGCAAUGCUUCUUGCACACUACAACUCUACAGUAGAAGAUAUAGUGUGUGUGAAGUCUUCAUUUGCGUGCCUAUUGAGAUUGUAUGACUGUGCUUGCUGGUGUUUGAAGAGAGUGAUAAUGAAGCCAUCAUCCCUCACAAUCCUUCCCAAGUCUCCCCACCAACUCGUCCUAUGCGCCCUCUGCAAACGAGAAUGCUAUGUGGCUCACCUAAUUCUCUCCUCCCAACAACGCACCACUGCUCCAAUCUGCCUCUUUCAUGCAGACAAUGAAAUUUACAAGUGCAAAUGUGAGAGUAGUGAUGAUAAUACCCAUACCCUCCUCUACCUUUACCUUAGAGAGGACAUGUCACAACUGCUACUCACUGCAAACAAGUUUGAGGUUGAUGAUGAUACAAUACAUCAACAAGUUGACCAACAAAUCAAUGCUCACUCCAGCUGGUUGCAAACCAUACUAUGUUUAACCAUGGACAAAUAUGUUCCUUAUUCUGAGGUGUACCAUAUUGAGAAUGAGAAUAAAAAGAAGAAGAAGCUAAGGAGGAGGUUGAUGAUUGAUUAG